AUGCAGCUGAAGUUACCUAAUGCGUUGGCCAAGGGCCAGCCGGGGAUUUUGCAUCAAUAUGCUGAGAGACUAGUUGCCUUCGAGUUCACGAGGGGAAAUCAGAGGAAGCCGCACAGUCUCAUUUUCAUCGGGGGCUUGUCAGAUGGACUUUGGACCGUGGAUUAUAUGACCGAUUUGGUCGCAGCGCUGCAACACAGCGAAUGGUCUGUUUUCUCACUGGUCUUGUCCUCUUCUUAUAAUGGGUGGGGCGUAGGUCGUCUGGGGAAAGACAUUGAUGAAAUUGCGCAGUGUGUUCAGUACGUGCGUGACUAUAAGAAACAGCUCUUUGGGGCCGGAAAGGUAGUCAUCAUGGGCCAUUCGACGGGGAGCCAAGAUGUGAUGCAUUACCUUAGCUGUCCGAACCCAAGGCCUAGACAUCCGGUUUUGGAUAGAGAAAUUGAUCCAUUGACGAGGACUCCUGUCGAUGGUGCGAUUAUGCAGGCACCUGUUUCGGACAGGGAAAGUAUUCUCAGCGUCCUGAAUGACGGGACGGAAAGAGACAGCCCGGAAACAAUGCAAGAGCUUUACCGCAAAGCGGUUGCAGGUGCGAAGAAGAAUACCUACGAGGAUGACGACACAGUCGAAACUAUCGUCCCGCUUUCCGUGACCGCCAGAAUCGGAUACCCAUCGUCUACAGCUGUCAGUAGUCGCCGGUUCCUUAGCUUGGCUAGUCCUGAUAGCCCACGCAAGCCUGACGAAGACGACCUGUUCAGUUCGGAUCUGAGUGACGAGCAGCUCCAGCAGACUUUUGGCGUUAUUGGGUCUCGCAGACUUCUGAAAUCCAAGUUUAUGGUGCUGUACUCGGGAAGAGAUCAGUCUGUGCCGCCGUGGGUGGACAAGGAGGCUUUGUUGAAGCGGUGGUCCACCGCGGCGGGACCGUCCUGGCACCCAAGCAGUAUGAUUAUUCCCAAUGCUUCACAUGCGCUAAGUGACCCUGAUCAAGCGGAGCCAAGACGCAUUCUGGCUGAGAGGGUCAUCGGAUAUUUGGACGAAGUGACGAGGCAAAUUUAG